UGCAAUAUGAAGUUCACCAUCGCCAUCGCCUUCACCUGUCUCCUUGCCAGCGCCCUGGCCGCUCCUCCAGCCAUUCAGCAGGAUGCUCAGGUUCUGCGAUUCGACAGCGAUGUCCUGGCCGAGGGCUACAAGUUCGCCGUGGAGACGAGCGACGGCAAGUUGCACCAGGAGGAAGGCCAGCUGAAGGACGUGGGCACCGACCACGAAGCCCUCGUGGUCCGCGGAUCCUAUGCCUAUGUGGGUGACGAUGGUCAGACGUACAGCAUCCAGUACCUGGCCGAUGAGAACGGUUUCCAGCCCGAGGGUGCCCAUCUGCCCAGGCCCGUUCAGUAA